CGUGAUCCACGUUGGUCACACGGUUUCCCGGAAGUGCUCUUCUUCCUGUUUGGCGUUAAAUCGAGUGUGUAAAGUGCGGAUCAAAGUACUGUUCCGUACCCCGGGAAUGGAGGAAGACGUGUCCCCAGAGGAGCGCCUCACUGCAGCCUUGAAGCAGCUCGUCAUCUUUGGCAAAUCGCUGUUGGAGCAGGCCAAGGAAGAUGCUCAGACGUCCAUGGAGGACUUUGUCCCAUACAAAAUUGCCACUCUGCUGGGCCUGAUUGCGGCCGGAGCAGAUUUCUACAAAAGCAUCGGAGUGAAGAAGAAAAGCGAUGCCGAGGCCACCUGGCAGAAGUUGUAUGGCCACGCGGGAGUGAGGGAACAAGUGGAGGAGCUCCUCGAGCUCCAGAUCCAAUGGGACUCCUUCCUAGAGCACGUCGAUCGAAGUCUUCAGUCGUCUAAUGCUCCCGUGACGACCGGAGGACAAACAGCGGACAUCUUUAGCACCGAAACUUUGUUGACCGAUGGACGCACUGGAAAGAGUGUCAAUCUGGAUCAGUACCGUUCCCCGGGUCAGAAGCUUCUGCUGGUCCUCAUCAGGCACUUUGGAUGACUGCCGUGACGCGACCAUGUGGCCGAGCUGGAGGGCAACAAGGCUGCCCUGGAGGCUCGGUCCGUGAAGGUCGUGGUAGUGUCCUUUGGAGCACUGGAGGGGGCCCGUUUAUGGUUGCAGCAGACGGGAUGCACCUUGAACUUGGUGCUGGAUCCGCACAGGAAGAUCUACAGGAUCUUUGGACUGAUCUCGUCCUGCGCUAAAGUCAUGAAUUUCGACUCCAUGCUGCGGUAUUCUGAGUACCAAGCAUCUGACAGAGCGUUCCCCGAAUUCCCCAUGCACAUGUUGGAGGACAUCUACCAGAUGGGAGGUGACUUUCUGAUUAGCGACACCGACAAAGUCCUCCUGUCCCACCCGAGCAUGUAUCCGAUGGACCGACCCACGCUGGGUGAAAUCCUGCAGUCGGCCUCCGGCUCCAUCCAGUUAGCGGCGCAGGAGGUUAGCGGCAGCGACGCCCCGUCGCACGCUGAUGACGUCACGCCUCCCACUCACGGUAACGUGAAGAGGUGCGACCGAUGCAAAGCUGCGCGGAGCGGCCGCCCGCUUAUCACUGUUAGGUCCUUGCUGUAAAUUGGACAUUGAACGCUUACGGAAACCCAUAUGAGCAUUUAUUCCAUAUACUUGAUCUGGAAUACCAUAGGUAUAUAUUUUAUAUACCAUUAUGCUCUUUGUCCUCACUAGUAAGGAAAACAAUGUGACAAAUAAGACACAGUUCUACUUG